GGGUACACUAUCUGGCCGUGCCCACUUUCGACAGGAGGGCUCCGGCUGUCGGCUGUGGCAGCUGUCUGCCGGCAUUCCAGGAGUGACAUCACUCACGACAGGCUCUCAGAACCCCGCGACAGCAGCACAGAGUCCCACACCUUAUUCUGUCCCGGCUCCGCUGCAGCUCCCCUGCCCUGCCUCACACCGCCAGCGCUGUGCUCCAGACCGGGACCCCAGUACCGCCAUGGCGGACCAGUACAACACCAACGAGGAGAAGAUCCUGAGGGACAGCCACAACAAGGAGAUUGAUCUGAUCAACAGGGACCCCAAGCAGAUCAACGAGGACGUGGUCAAGGUGGAUUUCGAGGAUGUGAUUGCAGAGCCGGACGGGACCCACAGCCUGGAUGGGGUGUGGAAGGCCAGCUACACCACCUUCACCGUCUCCAAGUACUGGUGCUACCGCAUACUGUCAGCCAUCUUCGGCAUCCCCGUCGCCCUGCUGUGGGGCUUCCUGUUCGCCUGCAUCUCCUUCUGCCACAUCUGGGCCGUCAUGCCCUGCAUCAAGAGCUACCUGAUCGAGACGCAGUGCCUGAGCCGAAUCUACUCCCUCUGCAUCCACACCUUCUGCGACCCCUUCUUUGAGGCUCUGGGCAAGAUCUUCAGCAGCAUUCGGGUGGCCCUGCGCAAAGAGGUGUAGAUC